AUGGAUCGCAGUAAUGAUGCUGUCUUGCUCAGUUAUGAUGCUGUUGCGGGUUUGAACAAGGGAUUCGGUUGCUGCGUGGGAGCUAUGGUGCGACGAGUCUCUAGAAGGCUGCGAGGAAGGUCUUCAGAGCCACAGUCGCCACGACUUCAACUGGAGCCGAUAAUCACUAAUUGCCAAUCGUCGCCAAGUCUGCAAACAAAGCUCGCUAAGGCCGUGGAAAAGCUGAGCUUGUUAGACCAUGUUGUGGCGCUUGACAGGAAGUUCUUGGCACUCACCCCUGAGCUUCGCACUUUCUUCAAUCUGUUCAUGGCCUUCCUGUUCGACUUGAUCAUCGUGUCCAUCAUCAAGAAGAUCGUGCGUCGGCCGCGGCCAAAGUACAACCGUAAACACUUUGUAACAGUCCAAGUGGACCAUUGGUCGUUUCCAAGUGGUCACUCCACGCGGGUGUUGCUGUUGAUGACGAUGUUCGGUCUGUACCUCCCAAUGUGGAAAGACCAAUCGCACCGGGUGUGGUUACCGUAUCUGGAACGCAAACUUGAGAAGCGGAUUGUGAUUAUGAAGGAGUUUCAAUCGACUGCUGAAGCUAUUAUCGUAAACUUUUUUGGGAGCGUCCUCACGGCAUGGGCGGUUGCCACAACAUCCUCCCGCAUCAUCCUAGGGCGUCACUUCUUCUGCGAUGUAGUUGCAGACUCCAUUCCAGGUAUCUUCGAGGCUUUUUUUGCUUACUACGUCCUGGACAUUCCCAACGGCACAUCGGAGGCAAUUCAUCGCAACAUCAACGGCGUUUUAGCGUGGUUUGAGAAUGAGCAUAGCUAAGGACAUCGUGGUAACAAGCUGCUAUGUU